UGUACAGUGACAUGCAUGCACGAGUGUAUAGCUGGGAUAAGAAGGACUAAAUGUGCCCUGUACGAUGCCUGUAGCAGUUUAUACCAGGGACCAGAGGAAGUGAAUUUGGCAAGUGUCAUGCCUGUACGAAUGUGUAUCUUGGACAAAAGGGAUUGAAUUCUCAGUGUCUUGCGAUUACUUGUUUAUAUCUUGGUUAGGUGGUAUUGAAUGUGUCCAGUAAUAUUGAAUGUGCAGAGCGUUAUGACUGUAUUAAGGCUAUCAACUAUUUUAUGUAGUUUUUAUAUUAAUGGCAGAGAAGCGACAUAUGUCUUUUUCUGAACAAUAACCUGUAUCGAUAUGCAACACAUUGGAUGGUUAAAAUGAUCUUACACAUAUAAAAGUAUGAUAUUUUCUCGAUGUAAAAUGUCUGUAUUGUGAUAUCUAUUUUAACUUUAAAUACAAUUUAAUGCCGCGGAUGUAAUCUUGUAACUAAUAAAAGGAAAUGUUUCUAACUAUAAGAAGAAUGUCAUUUUCUAGGUUGGCAGUUUUAUUAAUAUCAAUGAGUCUGAUUUUAUACUUGUUCUAUGAUUUUAUGUCAUUUCAAUCUAAACCUACACGGGGAACCAAUCUGUUACAGAAGAACCAGCUACUUAAGAUGCAGGCGCUUAGAGACAGAGUUCAUUAUUCUACAAGUGAAACAGAAGUGAAGGAAGAACCCAUUGGAAAAAAAGUUAAAGAAACAUCAAGUGAAAAGACAGAUGAUAAAAAUAAUGAGGAGUUAACUAAACAUGAAGCAAGUAAAAAGGUAUCAGGUCAGAAAAAUGAAAAUCGUAAUGACAACGUUGUUAUAGAUGAAGAACGUAAAGAAGUUGAAACAGAUGAUGAAGUUGAUGCUAGUAAGAGUACCGAGAAACAGGUUGGUGACAAUGAUACUAAAACUAAGAGUAAUCACCUCACAGAUGGACCAGUAAUUGAAAAAUCAACGAAGAAAAAGUUGAAUGCAUACAGGAAAGCGAUGGAAUAUGAAGAACAUUUAAAAGAUACAAAUGCCUCUUUUAUAAGAAUUAUCAACAGAGCACGAUAUAUGUCUAGCUUGACUCAAAAUUCUAAAAUAGUUCUUCUAAGUUUUGUUUGUAAGUCAUGUUUACCUUUUCUUAAUAGCUGGCUGUGCAAUACGAAAGAAUUUGGAAUACAUAAGUCAGUACUUCUUUUAGUAAGAGAACUUAAACUAAGACGCACUAUUUUAACUGCUUGGCCUGAUCUAAACGUUGUUGCUAUGCAACCAAAUCUUUCAAAGAAAGACUACACUGAUAAUAGAAGGAUAAAAAAUGCAUGCUCGCUUGGAAGGGUGCAAUUAAUAAACGCCUUACUGCACGCUAAUGUCAAUUUACUGCUAUUCGACCUGAAGUCAGUUUGGUUGGAGAAUCCCAUGCGAUACAUCCAGCAAUCAAUGAAUGACGGUGUUGACAUUUUAGUGAACACAGUUCCGAGAUCUCACUUAAAUACAGGGUUUCUGGCGCUGUUUGCGACUGAGAAAACACAACUUUUUUGGAAAGAGUUUUACGGAAAACUGAGAUAUACUUUUUCUAAAUGGACAGAAAAGGAUAUGCAAAAGCUAGAUCUAGAUGAAAACUACGAAGAUUAUCUUGAGGAAAUGGUGGAGGAUAGGUAUGAAGCAGUAGCGGUUAGACAUCUGCCGAUUCAUUCUUUCACGGACGGUGUUUGGUACUAUUUGUCUGAAGAGGAACGAGCAAAGACCCGGCCUGUAGUUAUACGAAAUAAUUAUGUUGAAGGCAAUGAGGAGAAGAUACGAAGAGCCAAGCAAUGGACUCACUGGUUUCUGCAAGAUAACGGCACCUGUAACGUUGAUAUUGUGAAGAAAACUGUGAGACUGUGAACGAUAAAAUGGCAUGUGUUGAUGCAAAAGGG